AUGGUUCCAGAAUGCUUUCAGUUUUCCACAACCUCGCUGAAAGACGAUCGAACUGUUUAUAAAGUUGGGGUUUUGAUGGCUUCUCGAUUAGAUUCCCCAUUUGACCUGGAACGAUGUGGUCCGGCUGUAGAUAUUGCUUUAGAUACAGUUAACGAAAAGUUCUUGGCGCAUCAUAAUAUUGAACUGCAAAAAGUCCAGGAGAGUUACCCAACCUGUUCCGGCGCGUUAGCUCCAGGUCUGGCAGCAGAUAUGCACUUCAAGAACGACGUCAUAGCAUUUAUUGGGCCUGCAUGUGCGUUUGCCUUGGAGCCAGUUGCCCGCCUCGCUGCCUACUGGAACACGCCUAUAAUUACGGGAAUGGGAGAUCAGCCUUCUGUCCUUACACACGCCGUUGACUUUUUUGGUCAUGGACAUGGGGCGGACUACAGGGAUGAGAGUACGCUCAAGACUACUAGACAGACACAGCUGUGA